AUGCCAUCACGUUUUCGAUUCCGUCAUUUCUCACGAUUCACAGCAUCACACGCCUCUAAAUUUCUUCGCAUUUCUCAAUUCCUAAAACACUACCUUGCAAAAUAUAAUUAUUGUUUAGAACGAUAUCCAUUUCUUACACAAGGAAUAUCAGCUGCAUUUCUAUUUGGAUCUGGAGAUUAUAUGUGUCAAUGUAUUGAACACCAUCAACAACAAUCAUCAUCUGAACACCACCAACAACAACAAUCAUCAUCUGAACACCACCAACAACAAUCAUCACUCGGAAAUGAAGGAACACCAAAUCCUCUUUUCAUUGAUCUUGAACGAAUGUUCCGAAUGAUGCUUUAUGGUAGUCUUGUAUUUGCUCCAUCUGCUCAUUUGUGGUAUAAAUAUUUAGAUAAGAGAAUGAUCAUUUCAAAACAUAACAAAUUUAAACAAAUUUCAAAGAAGGUAUUCAUGGAUGAAUUUGUAUUUACUCCAGUGAUUUUAAUAGCAUUCUUUUCAUGCAUGACAAGUAUGGAACAUUUUUAUGAGCAAUUAUUUGACAAGAAUAAGAGUAAUAGUACUAAUCAUAAGAAUGAGAAUAAUAAGAAUGAAUGGUCGAGUCCUAGUACUGUAGAUCAUACUCCAUCCAUUAUUAGUAGUAGGUCUUCCAGUAGUAGUAGUAGCGAAUGGUCGAGUCCUAGUACUUUAGAUUCUAAUAUUUGGAAGAGAGGAGAAGAAGAUCAAUUUACAACCAUUCAAAAUAUAGAUGAAAUCAUCCAUAAUGAUCGUCGUACUUUAUCUCAUGAGUCUUCAACACCAGAUUUACCUCACAAAAUAAUGUCAAAAUUGAAAAAGGAUUAUUUUCAUACAUUUUUAGUAGAUAUGAUCGUAUGGCCACCACUUCAAUAUUUUAAUUUCUUUUUGGUUCCAUCAGCGUAUCGAGUACUUUAUAUCAACUUUUGUUGUAUCUUUUGGAAUGCCUUUUUGAGCAUGCAACAACACAAACAUUAA